CGAGCGGGUUAACGAGCCUACAGCAAGGCGCAGCGCAGCAAAAAGUCAACACUGAGAAAAAACUCAUUAAAAGUGACUAUCGAAAGUGAAAAUUAGUUAAUGGCAUUAGUGAGUGCUAAUUGAAAUAUAUUUAGUAGAACAAAGUGCGAGCUGUGCGAACUUGCAAAAAAAUAAAAAAUAAAAUAAAAACGAAAAAUAUUUCAGAACUGUGAAAAAGGCGGUGACUUAGAACAAAAUGUUUAUUCAGAAAAUGAUCGAUCAUGCCACACACUCGGAGUUAUGGAGUUUUGCAACGCUACUGGCCAUUGCUCUGUCCAUUUAUAGUUUAUGGGAUUAUAUAAAGUCAGUACUGCUCUCACUGAAGCUGUCAGGACCGGAAGCAUUACCGAUACUUGGCAAUUGCUUGAUCAUAAAGGAGAAAGACAUGCUCGCCAAACGCGUGGCAACAGCUUUCGGUCUAUACGGUCCACUAAUACGUGUUUGGGUUCUACUUUUCCCGUUCUUUGCCGUGCUGCAACCAGAUGAUUUGCAAGUCAUACUCUCUUCAAAGAAACAUACAGAGAAAGUGUUCAUCUACAGAUUGAUGCAUAAUUUUCUGGGGAAAGGACUUAUAACGAGUAGUGGCGAAAAGUGGAACGCUCAUCGAAAAUUCAUACAACCCAUGUUUCAUUUGACGAUUUUGGAGCGCUUCAUUGGCACAUUCGCGGACGCCUCUCAAACGCUCUUCGAGAACUUACACGCAUCCGCCAAUGAAGAAGUUAAUAUCGCCAAAUAUAUCAACAAUUGUGUCAUAGACAUUCUAAAUGAAGCGGUUCUGGGUGUACCGGUGAAACGACAAGGUGCCUUAGUGGAUAUGGAACAAUCACCAUUCAGGCAAGGAAAAGUGGUAGUCAACGAGCGUUUUUUGCAACCGUGGCUUCUGUUUGAGAGCGUUUACAAGUUUACGAAAAUCGCAUCAGAGGAGCUCGAUCAAAAGAAGCGUCUCGACCAAUUUACACGUAAAAUGAUCAAGCGCCGUCGUGAUAUGAUAGCGAGUGGAACGUUUGUCGGACGCAAGUGUCUGCUGGAUUAUAUGAUCGAAAUAUCGGAUAACAACGCUGAUUUCACCGAAGAUGAUAUAGUAGAUGAGGCCUGCACAUUUAUGCUUGCCGGACAAGAUUCCGUUGGCGCUGCAGUUGCCUUCACACUCUUCCUGCUUGCUCAAAACCCCGAAUGUCAAGAGAAAUGUGUUGCAGAAAUUAACGAUAUUUUCAUGGACGACCAGCGCGCCCCAACUAUGAAUGAUUUGCGAGAAAUGCGCUAUGUGGAGAUGUGUAUUAAGGAGGCGUUGCGCCUGUGUCCCAGUGUGCCUUUAAUGGCACGGAAAUUGGGGGAAGAAGUGCGUUUGGGAAAAUAUACACUACCCGCUGGUAGCAAUAUAUUUAUUUGUCCUUAUGCUACCCAUCGUUUGCCACAUAUUUACCCUGACCCCGAAAAAUUCGAUCCCGAACGCUUCUCGCCACAAAACAUGGAAACACGUCAUCCUUACGCCUAUAUACCGUUCAGUGCGGGCCCCCGUUACUGCAUUGGUAAUCGUUUUGCCAUUAUGGAAAUGAAAACCGUUGUCUCGCGUUUAUUGCGAAGUUAUCAGCUGCUGCCGGUGCCCGGCAAGACCUCCUUCAAUGCCACCUUUCGAAUUACACUACGCGCCUCAGGUGGUUUAUGGGUGCAUUUAAAGCCACGCGAAAAUCCUCUCAUCGAUUAUAGCAAUUAAGAAUGGUGUUUUGUGACUCCUAUAUUUAAGGUAUUAUAAACUUUUAGCUAUGGUAGUUGUAGCUCUAGUUAAAGAAAUGCUUGCGGGAACUUUUCACUCCCACAGCCAAUAGCUGUAAAGUAUUUAUAUGUAUGUGUAAGUAGGUACAUACUACUGUGAUCAAAUUGAAAGGUGAAUUUGGUACAUUUCAUCUCCUUCAAAGUAAUCCCCUCCCGCUGCAAAACACUUAUGCCAACGAGUUUUCCAGUCAUCAUAGCACUUGGAAAAAUCCUGAUCCGUCGUGAUGGCCAUCAGAGCCUUCUUCGAUUCAGCUUUUAUAUAUCCUCUAUUGAGUCAAAACGGUGUCCUCGGAGUGGUCGUGUGAAUUUGCUGAAUAGCCAGAAGUUACACGAAGGUAAAUCAGGCGAAUGCGGUGGUUGCGACGCGACAUUAGUUGAAAAUGUAGCUGGCGAAAUGAUCACGAAUAACCAAUGCAGUGUGAGAUGGUGCAUUAUCGCAUUUCUUUGCUCAAUAAAUUCAGACAUAGUAAAAAUCGAAGAAUUCACUUUUAGAGCCUCACAAAACGACGCGUAUCUAAAAAACCGAUUCGAAAAACACGCGAAGUAUAAAUUUAAAAUUCAACUUUCAAUUUCACAGUAAAGCCUUUCUAAGUAAGUGUAUCAAUGCCAAAACAAAUGCAAUUGUUCAUAUAUUAUAGACCCUAAUUUUAAGUAUUACGCUAAGACUUGUAUUGUUGCUAUAUUAAUAACCUAAUUGGCAUGACAUAAAAUAAAUAUAAAUGUUACGAAUAUAUACUUA